AUGGCGUCCAUAACGCACACGUUCGUCCCGCCGCCGCCUGGGCUGAACUACAUCGUGGCGUUGGGACCGUCGGUGACGCUGCUCAUGGUCGGGACCGUCUGUGCGUCAAUGCUUAUACCUAUCACCGUCGGUCUCUUCCUCGUCUCGUCUCCAUCCUUUCGACGGUCGCCGCUUUUCAUCCUCAACGUGCUUUCGCUCUGCUUCGGUCUCAUACUCGGGGUCCUGAACAUUAUCGAGCAAGUCCGGGCAAUUCUCGCCAUGCCCGUAAACAAUGCGUUCAACGUCGGCGCGGCCAUCGCGCUCUUCCUCUGUCCGUUCUUCGCCGAGGGUGUGCUCAUCCUCCGCGUCGUCGCCGUCUACCCGCCCGCGCAGCUCUCGUGGCCGAAGCGGGUCGCGAUCUACGGCACGAUCGCCGCGUUCAAGAUCGCGAGGAUAGGAAACUUCGUGCAGGCUACCGUGCAGCUUUGGGACUUCAUGCAGAACAACCCCGACCCGGCCGCGGCGGCGCUUGUCGCCCAGGUGCAGCCGUGGCCGAAGGUGGAGUGGUUUCUGCAGACGUUUGACACCUCAUUCGCUUCGAUGCUCUUCCUCGCGCGGUUGCGCGUGGUGAGCUUCAGGCGGCCAGGCCAGGGAGGGCUGAACGUCAGCACCGGCACGUCGGCAAGCAGCUCCCGAGGCUCCUACCUCUCGCGCCUCCGCCUCCUCUUCUGGAUCGCGGCCUCCAACUUCGUCAUCCCCGUGCUGCUCAACGUCGGGCAGCUCGUGGACCUCUACCUCGACCCGAACUUCCUCAACUACUCGUACAUCUACUUCGUCAACGUGUACGUCGCCAUCGUCGGCACGCUCCUCGCCACCAUCUGGUGCUCCUCCACCGGCGAGGGCGAGGGCACCGGCGGGGCCCGGACGGCGCGUACGACGGCGUCGGGCGCCCGCGCGCAUGGCGACGCUCACGCUGAGCAUGCCGCACUUCGCGACCGCGAGCGAGAUGUCGCGGACCGAGUCGGCGAGCAGCGCGGACGACGGGACGGGGCGCGGCAGCUGGGGCCCGGGUCCGAGAAGGACAAGGGCUUGGGGGAUAUGGUGUUCGAGAUCGUGGCGGUGGAUCGACUCGCGGACGUCGAGAAGGGGAUCAAGGCCUGA